CCGGGGUUCGGAAGCACUUGGAUACAUCACGGAGGCUCGGCCACGUUAAAGCUGUGGGUUUUUUUGGCAGUAGCAGUCAAGGAAAGUGGAGGCCACGGUCGUCUCAGCAGCUGUACCCCAAGCGGCAGCGAGUCGCUGAGACCCAGCCUUACCAUGGAUGAAAAACCUCAACAUUCUCAUUGUGUCAACUGUGUCAGCCGACGUUGUAUGAUCAGGCCUGACAAUGGAGUUUCCUGUGAUUUAAUUGGGUGUCCGCAUGUUUGUGGGGCAGUCUUUCAUUCCUGUAAGGCUGAUGAACAUCGGAUUUUGUGCCCCCUUGAAAGAGUGCCUUGCUUAAAUAAUGGCUUUGGAUGCCCUUUUAUUGUGACCCGUAACAAGCUAGCAGAGCAUUUGCAAAUAUGUCCUGCAAGUGUAGUAUGCUGCACUAUGGAAUGGAAUAGAUGGCCAGUAAGUUAUGCUGACCGCAAAUCUUAUGAAAACCUGAGUAAAGAUGUUGAUGAAGUAGAGCAGCUGGAUAUGGCCUUAGCACUCCAAGAUCAACGGAUGCUUCUGGAAUCCCUUAAAGUGGCAACUAUGAUGCCAAAAGCAACCGAAAAGCUUGGGUCGCUAGAACAAAUUUCUGUUGAAUCUGUUAGCUGUGAUAAGCCGACUGCAAAUGGAAUUGCAAAUGGGUUUGCUAAUGAAAUCACAAAUGGAAUUGCUAGCGAACUUGCAAAUGGCAUGGCUAAUGAAAUUACAAAUGGAAUUGCUAGUGAAAUUGCAAAUGGAAUUGCACAUGGCAUUUCUGAUGAUGACGAUUCAUACAGUGCACUAUAUCAAGCUACUGUAGAGACCACUAAAAGUUUAGCAGCAGCACUGGAUAUUCUUAAUAAUGCCACAAGAGACAUUGCCAUGCUGAAUGGAAGGUUACGAGAGGCAAGCUGCGAGAUGAACAGAAAUUUUCAGUUGUCUGAACAGAGUUGCAUAGGUAAUUAUGGCAACAAAGAUCAGGAAUAUGAAGAGGAAGAAAAUAUUGAAGCUGUGGGUGGCAUUGCCUGCAGCUCCGUAAAACAUGUGCAUCAGAAUGGUUCAAGUGAUUUCUACCCUGGGUCAAACGGCAGUUAUGAUCUAGUUAAUGAAGAUGUUCAAGUAAGUAAUCCAACCCUUUUGUGCAAUGGCUUUCACAAUCAAAAUCCAGGAGAUGUGCACACUUUUCAGUCUAGGCAAAAUGGUGAUUGUGAUUUAGAAAUGGAUUCUGAGGAGGUCUUGCUUAAUCCAAAUAAACCCUUGUCUGCUGUAGUACAAGAAUCGGAUAUGGUGAAUGGUGUUAAGCUUGAGGGCACUGAAAAAGAUCAAAGGCUGGAUGGAAAAGAGGAGCAAGGACUGAGGAAUGUAGCUGUUUUUGGUAGACGUCCUUUUCUUGUUGAUGCUCACUGGUUUAAAGCUAAAAUGGAAGACAAAGCGGUUGAUACAGCAGAUUUGGACCUUAAGGAAGAUCCCAUGGGUCUUAAUGGAAUUGACCUUAUUACAGCUGCUUUGCUUUUUUGCUUAGGGGAUUCACCUGGGGGAAGAGGCAUUUCAGACAGUCGUAAUGUUGAUGGCUAUCGUGUUGAUUUUGGAACACAGACUUUUUCUUUUCCUUCUGCAAUACUUGCUACAAAUACAAUGGUUGGCGAUAUUGCCUCAGCUUCUGCAUGUGAUCAUGCAAAUCCACAGCUUUCUAACCCCAGUCCUUUUCAGACACUUGGUCUGGAUUUGGUGCUGGAAUGUGUUGCAAGGUACCAAACUAAACAGAGAUCUAUGUUUACAUUUUUAUGUGGGCAACUAUUUAGAAGAGAUGAAUUUUCUUCUCAUUUCAAAAAUGUUCACGGCGAUAUUCAUGCUGGUCUCAAUGGUUGGAUAGAGCAAAGAUGUCCUUUGGCGUAUUAUGGAUGCACAUAUUCCCAACGCAGAUUUUGUCCUUCAACACAAGGGUCAAAGAUUAUUCACGAUCGACAUUUAAGAUCAUUUGGAGUUCAGCCUCAUUUAUCUAGUUUAUUUGAAAAUGCAAGGAGUUAUUCAGUAGGACUGUCACUUGAUCAUUUUAGUAGUUUACCAUACGAGGUUCUCCAGCACAUUGCAGGAUUCCUCGAUGGCUUUAGUUUAUGCCAAUUUUCUAGAGUAUCUAAACUUAUGAGGGAUGUUUGUGCCAGUUUGCUUCAAGCCCGUGGAAUGGUUGUUCUUUUGUGGGAAAAGAGACAGUACCCUUCUGGAAGUUCUUGGCAAAUCAAAGAAAAGGUUUGGAGAUUCAGCACGGCUUUCUGCACUGUGAGGGAAUGGAAAUUUGCUGAUAUUGUGAGCAUGGCUGAUCAUUUGAAGAAGUGCAGCUACAAUACUGUAGAGAAAAGAGAAGAGGCUGUUCCUCUUCCAUGCAUGUGUGUGACUCGAGAACUCACUAAAGAUGGCCGAUCACUUCGUUCUGUCUUGAAACCUGUCCUUUAAUUAUCCCAAAAAGGGAGAACACCGUCUGCACAAACACUCAAGCACCGAUUUUAACCUCUAUACAGUAUAGUUUGUGACACUUUAAUAUUAAACUCAAAUCCACUCUCACUGUGUAUAUAACAAUGGUUUUGGAAGUGAUGUUUAUUUUUAUAUAAAAAAGUAAAGUGUUUUAGUUGGAAGUUUAAGAAAUGCCUUAAUUCUUGCGGGACAGUUGAAUCGGCUGGAUACUGACCAUCUCAUCGGACUUUUACAAAUUUUCCCUGAUCAACAGGUUAGCAGUUUGCUGGCCCACUAGUGCCGUUACUCUAAAAAAUGUAAGGAAGUGUUCAAAGAACAAUACAAAAACUUCAUAGUCACAUCUCCGACCAAAAACAGUGAAAAGAAUGUAGUGGGUUUCCGCAGUUAAAUGAAAUGAAUGCAGGUAAACUUGCACAAGGCCAGACCUCUAGAAAUAUUCCGUCCAGUUACUGAGUCGUAAGACUGGCUUUUCACCAAAACAGUACGGAUAAAAUUGCUGGGGGAUCUGGGUUCUGUAAUGGUGCCAUUUGUCUCUGUUUAUCUUUUGUCGUAUUCAUCAUAUGCACUUAAAUUUAAGCAGUUAUACAGUGAAAGUAAGCAUACUCAACAUUAGCACUUUAUAUCGAUUUGUAUCGAGGCUCGGGAUGCUUUCUACUGCAGUAGGGAACAAUAUGAAGUUUGAUCAUGCUGAGCUGAUAUUCACUAUAAUAGUAUUUCCCUUAGAAAAUGUGUUGCAGUGUGUCUGUACAAGUUUUUUUGCACUCCCAACAUAUUUACUUGCAGAAGAACUCAUUCAAUAAAAAGUAUGCAGAGUCUUCAGUUUUAACCUUCAUUCAGUAUGGCUUUGUUUUACAUAUUUUAAAUUACACUUUUCUCUUUUAUUAAAGGCUCUUUUUAAAAGUAAAAAAAAAAAUUGGAAAUCAUUUUAAAAUAUAUUUUUCCAUUUUGUUUUGCUUUAAAAUAUAUUUUUUGCAUAGCAAAUUUCGAGUCUACUUCCAGCCUGGCAGUGACCAUGUCUUCCAUGAAAUGCUUGAGUGCCUUUCAGGCAGAAAAUGCUGACUUGCCAUCUAAGCAAUGCUGCCUUCCGUGCAUGGCAGGGGCAUCCAACCUGCGGCCCAGCAGCUGUUGCAACUCUAUAACUUUCAUAAUCCCUUAGCAGUCGGCAGCUGGGAAGCCUUAUGUCGGAUGUCCCUGGUGUAAAGCGAUUCAACCUGAAAUAUUUUCUAUAUUGUGAUCCCUUGUCUCAAUACUCCAAUGCACAAAUCCCUAAAUUAACAAGCAUAGAUCAGUGAACCCACAGCAUGUUUUAUUGCAGUUACAGAUGUGUUAUAAAUCAUCUUUUUUUGUGUGUGUGGGGGGUGGGAGAUGUUGAUAGGGAACAGUUUACAAGAAUGUGCAGUGUAAGUGAUAAUGAGCUAUGUUACUGUAAUUGUGCUUUUGGUUUGUAGCAUCAUGAAAUGUUUUCAGUUAAUGGGUAAGUACUCCCCUUAAAGCACUUUGCAUAUGCAGUAUUUAAUGCCAUUGCGAUGAAUGUAAUCCAGUUGGAACUAUGGCUGUUGGUGCCUUGCUAUGUGCUGUGCAUUGCAACUGAAAGCUGCUACAACUUGAUAAAAUGCCCAGUGGCAAGGUGGGUGAAACAAGAGCCAUCAUCACUUAUGUGUUACUUCUGGCUUUCUACCAGCAAUGCUGAGUAAAAGCUCCCAGGUGAUUCAAAGAACAAGUUUGAAGUAUUUGCGUAUAUCUAAUAAAACAUUCUCUUUAUCACCGCAGCUGUUAGAAUUUAAUAUAUAUAUUUUUUUUUUGUAUUUAAUAAAGUAACUAUUUAAAGUAACUAAAUUAUUGCCAACUUGGUAACUGCAACAUUUUAUGCACUACAUUCCUCCAUUAGAUACGUAUUCCCCCUGACCCUCGCCCACCCCCUGAAAGCAUUCUAAUAUCAAUUAUAGGUUUUUUUGUUGUGGGGAACAUUACAUGGAGAAUUAAUUUGUGAUAAGGAACAAACUACUCCCAGUAUUCUAUAUCAGCUCUGGCUGGGAUUUGUUGUUGAACUGCUGCAGGGUUCAGAUAUAAUAUCCUUCUACCUUAUGGGCUCUCUUUCAUGUAACUUGGAUAAAAUAGACUGGUGUAUCUUUGAACCACUCCUCCCAGCCAUAUCUGUAGUCUGAUGACAAUACAUUGUCAAGCAUGUUGCAUAUAUUGUGAUAAAUUAUCUAAUAAAGCAUUUUUUGUUUUAAUUUAAAAUUUGAGAAAGAUCAAACUUAUUUGAUUCUGUUACUUAAUAUCACUGUUGUAUUCAAAAUACUUUAUUUUCUACUAUAUAUCUGUGUCUAAUAAACUCUAAUAAACAUCU